CAGUCUAAAACCACCUGUCCUCGAAGGUGGAGGCUCCGCUCUCUUUUAAGCGGAGUCUCGAGGACCGCCUAAUUUUUUUUCCCCAAGAUUCACCCCUCUCGAAGACCGGGAUGGAGCGGUUGAGGAGGAAACGGAAGAGGACCGACGGUCAGAAGAAAGUAUUGCUCUCCAUCGUCGAUCCCUGGGACGUGAGCGUGGCCAGUGUCGAUCCAGUCGGGUUGGCGGAACGACGGGGCGUCUCGUUGUCGAUUUUGGUGCCGCAAGAGGACGGAAACACGGUCCACACGGAACCUUCCACCCCCGCUAGAAUAGUCAAGAUCCCCUCGCCUUGGUACAAACCUGCGUACAGCAACGUUACCGACCGUUUUCCAAGCGGCCAAGUCUUCGAAACCUCGACCUCCCCCUCGCCCACUUGGGUGGAUCCUUGGCGCUCUUCCAGCAGGAGUUCCACUUGGGGAUCACAAUUGAACGAGAUAAAUCGCGCGAGGCGCAAAGUAAACGAUAAGUCCUUGUCGAACACGAUUCACUUGUUGAGCGUGACUCAUCUCGCUGGGAAUUAUAAUCCAACGGACGAGAAAGAGAAGCUGCUGGAACGAGAAACGAGCAAUUCCGGCGAGGAGAAGCGUAGCGCGUUAACCAAAGAGAACGAAACGCUCGGCCACGGUUAUUUCGAGGACGAGGAACUUGUGAACGUUGUGCAAGAUUUGGUGAUCUCGAGGUAUAGUCCUGUUUUGAGCGGUGGGCGAAGAUCGAUCAACAGGAGGACGCCAUGUUACGAAUCUCAAAAGGAAACGAGCGCAGUAGAAUUACUUUGGUCGGGCCCAUGAGCAAUUUCCACUCUUGGAUAGCGUUCUUCUUGCCCAAAACGUGGACGACUAUCGGGCCAGAGGCCAUGUACGCGACCAGAUAGGCGAAGUUCAGUUGGCCGUACUUGUCGGAGUAGAACUGGGACACCUGUUCCGGGGUGAGUUGGAGCCAACGGGUUUGAAAAAUUUCGAAUCCCUCCUCGAGCACCCGCCUCUCGAUCUCUUCCCUGUACACCAACGACUCCGGCUUAAUGAUCAUCAGGGUGCACUCGACGUCCACCCUCUCCUCCUCCAACUCCUCGUCCUCGAUGCAGGGCUCGUAAGGGAACGGGGGCUGCCAUUC